AUGGCCGCGGACGACUCGUACACGGCAGCUGACGAGCGCGCCCGUGCCGCCCGGAGGGCGGGCAUCCAGGCGAAGAAGGACGAACAGCCGGCGAACACGACGCGGAGUUACGCGGCGAAGCAGCGGGAGUGGAAGGCCUGGUGCCAUACGCCUCGGGCUGCAGCAGACGGCUCGCUCUAUAGCUGGCCCGACGGCGAGCUCGUAACGCCGGACAAGCUGGCGGCGUGGCUCAAAGAGGAUAUCCUGUUACGACGCGUUGUGCCGCCGCAGAAGAAGAAGCCGCGCGCGCGGGGUAAGAUUAGGGGCAACGGCAACGGCGAGGCCGUACAGGCCGCCGAGCUGCUCGCUGACGACCGCGAGGGCUACGUGCCACCCACAGGCCUCGCGACGGCUGCAGUAGACCUUACCGAAGGGUCUUUGCUUACGAGGGGCACUAUCGACGCCUAUAUCGCGGCCGUUAUCGAGCUAUGGAGGCUCCAGGUGGCUCACGGCAACGCGAAUACGGAGAAUCCCCGGGGCGCCGCCGUACGAGGAUUCCUUGAGCAACGGGGCCGGCAGCGGGGGAAGCACGACCGCGCCUCCUUUAAAGACCGCGGAAGCGACGGGAUCCAGGCCGGCUACCUCCCCGAUGAAUGGCUUCGGAUCCAGGAUCUCCUUCUCACUGGCGCCGCGUAUACGCCGCAAAACCUCCGUACGCGAGUCGACCUCCUCUUCGGCCACUACUACCUCUUACGGGGGGAGAACCGGCGCAAGAUGGAGCUUGCAGACCUAUCCCUACUCGACUAUCCGCCUUCGGAGGGCCCGACCCCCUGUGGUUGCCUGCUCUUCUUUUGGCGCUGGCACGUCGCCGGCGAACCGCCCCGUCCUUCCGGCGCCGUCAGGACUGGUAUCGGAUCAAGGUCCUCGUCGGGCGGGACCGCGAGCAGGAGCUCGUACCCGACGCAGCUACAAGAGACCUGGCGUAUCUUCGGCGCUGCCGGCCUUAUCGCGUCGAAGAAGACGCACCUCCCGCGCAGGGUGGGCGCCCAGGACGCGGAGACCCAUGGCACGUCGCUCGCCCAGAUCUCGCAGGCCGGCCGCUGGAACCAGAGCGUGCUCUGCCAGGCAUAUCUUACGCACCUACCGCGGCAGUUCAUGCGUAUCGUCGCCGGCUUCUCGGCCUCCCCGGGGACUACUCGCGCGUGCGGCUCACGAACCCCGACCUGGCCGUCCUACAGCUCCGCUACCCGUCGCUACCGUUCUUCGCCUACGCCCUUUGGCGGGCCCGAGUGGGACGAGUUCGCCGUCGCCGUGCGGUCCACCGCGGUAGGGGCUAUGGAGCCGAAUAGUCAGCGGCUCGCCAUCCGGCUUGAGGCCCGGCUGGACGGGAUUCAGGGCGGCCUCGAUGCCCUCCUCCAAGGCAAGGUCCCUAUCACCUUUACCGGCUACUUCGGAGCCGGAGUGCAGUUCUGUCGCCGGAAGGUGAUCUGGGACGAGCUGUUGGCCCGUAUGGCGUCCGGCAAAUGCAAGGAGGCGGCCGUUGCAGAGCUAGAGCUGUUACGCGCCGGCCGAAGCUUGAACCGACUCGUCGACGAGCUCAAACAGCGCCGACGGCGGGGCCAGGAUCGGGGCCAGGGCCAGGGCCAGAUACGGGUCCAACUCGAGGUCAGGGCCGUCGGGGCGGAGGACCCGGCUGGGAAAGCGGACCGCCCCUCGUCGACGUAA